AGCAGCUCUGGCUCCGCACUGCCCGCUGCAUCCCCCGCUGACCCCGUGGAGGACGCGGGGGGCUGGCCCACGAUGGUGGCGCAGGCGAGCUUGCCAGUGUUUGCCGAGUCCGUUCACAAGGGUGACGUCCCGAAGGCCUACGCGCUCCAGCGGUACUACACGGCAGCGGACGUCGCCCAGCACAGCUCCGCCCACGACUGCUGGGUCUCCUACCUCGGCAAGGUCUACGACCUCACGCCCCUCCUCCUGGAGUACUCGGGCCCCCUGGCGCAGCCCAUCAUCGAUGCCGCUGGCACGGACAUCUCCCACUGGUUCAACCCCGAGACCGGCGAGCCCAAGACGCACAUCCACCCCGAGACGGGGCUCGAGGAGAUCUACUGCCCGUGGGGCCGGUACAUCGACGUUCCCCCCCAGGGCCCCGAGUCCAACUGGCCGACCAAUCGCAGCACGCCGUGGUGGGGAGACGCGAGGUAUCUGAUAGGCAGCGCGGCUUCGCGCACCCGGAGAAUAGAGAUCGUGAACCUGAUGACGAAGCAGAAGAACAUGCUGGAGGUUGCAGUGGAUGAGACGGUCGAGGAGAUUCAGAAGCGGUUCCUGAUCUUCAAUGCGCAUGCGGCGAGCUACACAUGGAAACGCCUUGGCAAGCCGCUCAACAUGAACAAGACGCUUGAGGAGAACGGCAUGAAGGAUGAGACGGAGGAGUUCAUUCGCCUUGGUAUAGACCCAGACGACCACAUCCCUGUGAUCCACCUGUACUUCAACGACGACCUUUCAGAGGCGUAGUCUGGCCCUGAUGUGUGCAGCAGCGCGGCGCCUUUCUUUGAGGGCCCUGCCUCGCUGAUGAGUGCAGCUUGAAACUUGAGACCGCCUCAUGCCUCUUGCCUUUGGAGGAAAA